UCGUGUUUCUGUAUUAAAUGUCUGUUGCACCUGUUGUGAAACUGCCUAGAUAUUGUUGAAAUAAAGCCUAAGGGGAAAUUAUUAGCGGCUCCACAAAAUGGUACAAGAAAUAGACAAAAGUUCUGCCAGAACAUACCUACAAAUUCUGUAUUUGCAAAUGUUACGUCGAGACGAAGAGCAACUAAAAUUGAAUGCGAAUGGCGACCCAACCAGAUGUAACAACGAUAACGAUGAUUUAUUCUAUGACGGUCCCAAAUCAUGGAAAUUUAUUGUCAAGAAUUGGCCUACAAUAUCAGAACCCACAGCUCUACUUUUCAUAAUAGUUCUUACCUGGGGAUUGGCUUACAUGAUAUUACCCGAACAUACAACACCCAAUACAGUUAUCAUGCGAAUGAUCUUUUUAUUUGUCGGUGCACAAAUAUGUGGGCAAUUUGUUACACUUUUGAGACUUCCCGAUAUGCUUGGCAUGUUAUUUUGGGGUGUUUUGUACGCCAAUAUUGGUUUAGGUAAUUUUCAUGGAUACCAUGGAUUGGAAGCGAUAUUACGAGAAGUUGCACUGGUUAACAUAAUGCUCUUAGCUGGUCUGGGCUUAGAUUUAGUUGCGCUGAAAAAAGUUUCUGGUAUGGUUAUGAGAUUGACCUUAAUUCCAUCAUCCUUUGAAGUAGCCUCGAUUGCGGUAUUGUCGCACAUCCUGCUAGAUUUGCCGUGGCUUUGGGGCUGUAUACUCGGACUCGUAAUAUCUGCAAUAUCGCCUAACGUUGUUACCAGCGAACUACUUAAGCUAAAAGAGAAACAACUUGGACUGAACAAGGAAAUACACACUCUGAUCAUUGGUACAGCUACUGGUAGUGCAAUAUUUGCUGUCUUUUUGUUUGCAGUUGCUACGACAAUGGCUUUUUCUACAGAUCCUCUCGCAGGAAAUCUAUUGCAAGGACCGAUAGGAAUCGGCAUUGGAAUUGUUUACGGUUUCGUGAUGGGAUUGGUUUUAUGUUAUAUACCGUCAAAUAAAUCGAAAUAUUCAAAUGGAUUGCGAUUCACAAUGAUGCUAUUAGGUGGACUCUUUUCCGUAAUGGCGAGUAAGUUUAUUGGUUAUCCCUCUGCUGGGCUGCUGGGCUGCAUUACAAUUGCUUUUGUUGCUAGAAUUUGUUGGAAAAGACGGACAGGAAUCGAAAAUAUUGAUGUUACUGUAAAAAUGGAUUUGCUUUGGAAGUUUCUAAAGCCGAUAUCGUUCGCACUGAUUGGAAAGGAGGUUGACUUCAUUAUACUGGACGGAAAAGUUGUCGGUUUUGGAAUUGCAAUUUUAUUGAUGGGUUGUGCGUUUCGUUUGGUAUUUUCUUAUUUGUCGGCAUUUGGUGGCGAUUUGAACUGGAAAGAACGAGCUUAUGUUACCAUUUCCGUUGUUCCAAAAGCUACAGUUCAGGCUGCUCUCGGUCCUAUAGCACUAGACAUGGCAAGACAAUUAGAUUCCGAAAAACACAUUGCUUAUGCUAAUAUUAUUUUAGUCAUUGCUGUUCUUGCAAUUAUGUUCACAGCACCACUUGGAGCAGUGCUAAUGACGAAAUUAGCACCGUCAUGGUUGCAGAAAAGCCCAACGCCUAUUACUACAGUUGCCGAUUGUGAUGCCGUUUAAAUAAUUUCAUUUAAUUUCGGAAACAUUGUUGCAUUACUUAAUUCACGAAAAUUCAAAUUUAAGAAUCAUUGUUAACUACACCAUGAACGAAUUUAUAAUGUCAAUAUGAUGUUGUAAUACACCUCUACUCUGCAUACACACACACACACACAUCGUGCAAUUAAAAUUUUAAACGAAAUGAUAAUUUUACGUGUUAAAAUUUAAAUGUGUGGAAUUUAAAAUCCAUUAUUUACGUUUACGUUUUACGUAGAGCAAAAAAGAUCCAGGCAUAUUGCUUUUAACCAACACUUAAGCGAAUGCACAGGAACAAAAACAUAAUUAUUCUUUUUGCUAAGUGGAUUGCAGGUGUCGGGAUUUCUCAUAUACUUAGAGCAUAGAAGCAGCUUGAAGCAAACUUAAAG